CUAUGAAGACACUGAUCUAAGCUUGGAGUUUCCACUUCCAAUCACAGUUUCCAGAUCAUCAACAUUGUAAACCAUACUGGGUUUAUAGUAAUUUCUCUUAAUGACCAACUAUUUGCUAUGUAUAUUUUUGGUAGGGUUUGGACUUUGGAGCUGGAAAUUGGCUUACAAGUUUGGGAUUAAAGUUUUAAUUUCUUUUCUUUUUUUUGGGGAUAUGUUUUUCAAUCCCAAUUUUAGGGAAUCAAUACUGUAAAUGAUACUGGGUUUAUAGAAAUUUACUUCACAAGAUAGGGCUUUUAGCUUUUGAUCGAUUCUUCACAAUCUGUAUGCUCCAUUCAGCUAUUACUCUAAUCUAUGGUGCUCUGAUAAUGUUUUAUCUCAAAGAAAUCUGUGUUUUCGGCCAUGGUACCGAAACAACUCAAAAGCUUAUGGGAUCAACACCACACGACCAGUUGUUGAUACAAAUAUCUGAUUCGUUUGCCGGGUUGCUUCUAUUUGUGAUUGGGUUACUGCUGUUCAUGGUAGCUUUUGUUGAGGACAGAGCAUUUCAAAGUUUCUUUGCCAAAGGUUGUGUUCUUCUUCAUGUCUCAAUGGCCCUCUGGAGGGUGUAUUUUGAGAGGAGACUCGACAAUUUGGCUCGAGAUUGGCCAAGGCAGUUAGUUGGUGAUUUUGUGUUAGCACUUUCAUGGGUUUUCUUUCUGAUUUACUCCUAG